GGCGGUUAACUUAUUCAUUAUAUUUAUCAGUAGAUAACAUGUAUCCAUAAAAUAAAAAUACAAACGAUUUCAUUUCAACUAUUUUAAACAAAAUGGAUUUAAUAUAUAUGAAAUUUUAUAUAAAAUUAUUUUAUUCUUAUUAUACAAUAUUUUCAAUAUUAUUCAUAAUACAUUUACAUUUAUCAUUAAUUCAUUGUAAUAAAUUUAAUUAUAAUUGGAAUGAACAUGUAAAUCCAUAUAAUCAAGAAAAUAGUAAAAAUGAUCAUUUUAUAAGAAAUAAUAAUAAUAAUAAUAAUCAACGUCAUAAUCGAAAUAUAUUACCAUCUUAUAAUGUACACAUGAAUAGUAAUAAUCAACGUUCAUUUUAUAGAAAUUCACCUACUUAUCAAAAUCCUCAUUUACAACAAUCUAAUACAUAUCGAUUUCAAAGACGUCGGGUACCAUAUUCAAGAAAUAUAAAAUUUGUAAAUCCUUCGGCAAGAAAAUAUUCAGAAGAAUGGUGGAAAAAAAAUUUUCUGUCUAGUAAUUAUCCUAAUAGAAAUAUUGAUUACAGGAGAAGAAAUCAUACAUUAGCAGAUCGUGAAGUAAAUGAUUAUGUAAGCAUCUAUUCAUCAGACAGUCCAAUUGAAUAUGGCAAUUCAAAGCCUGAAGAUUAUUUUGAGAGUGUUAUGACAUUAUCACAUCCUAAUGAUCGUGUUUGGAAUGAAAAAGAACAAUAUUGGGGUUAUGCACCAAAUUCAUAUAGUACACAACAAGGAGCUGAAAUAUCUACUUAUUUAUGGUCACAAAGUGCUAGACAAUUUGAUGAAUGCAUACCACCGUUUUGUAUUCCUGCUCAAUGUGAUUAUCAUUCAGAUGGUGGAUCAAGUUGCAUACAAAAUCCUCCCUGUUUAGGCUCUACACCAUGUUAUCAAAAUGAUCCAUCAUGUACACAAGCAAACUAUGGUGUACAGUGUAAUGUAAUGAAUUCAACAGUUUGUAAGCAAAUGUUAAAUCUGCAAUGCAGUUUUGGCUGUGUUAAAAACGGUUCUAAACCUUCAGAUGUGUUAUGCGUAUGCAACCCAUGGGCAUUACAAAAUAACGAUUCAUCCUGUGUUUCGGUCGAUCUAGAUAUAUUCAAAUGCCCUUCAGGAUGUAAUGGAAGAGGUCGUUGUGAUCCGAAAACUGGGAAGUGCUUUUGUUAUCCUGGUUUUAAGGGACAUUCAUGUGAGUCGGAAGAUAAUUGUCCAUCAGGUUUAACAGGACCUAACUGUGAGUAUGAUGUUGACGAAUGUCUAAGUGGUAGGAGUGGAUGUGAACAAAGAUGUGUUAAUACUUAUGGCUCGUUUCGUUGCGAGUGCGAAAACGGUUAUGUCGUUGUACAAGAAAACCCGAAAAGAUGUAAACCAUCAGAGUGUUUGACAAAAUGUCACUUAGGAAAUGGAAAAUGUGACAUGACAGGCAAAUGUCACUGUUUACCAGGUUAUACAGGAGAGUGGUGCAACUUAGACAUUGAUGAAUGUAAAUUAGGAACACAUAACUGUGAACAAGUAUGCAUUAAUACUCCUGGAUCCUACCUAUGUGAAUGUCACUCAGGGUACAAACUUAACUUAACUGAUAGAAAAUCUUGCCAUCAAGUCACGUGCAAUCCUAGAUGUACUAUUAAUCAAGGAUUUUGUUCUGAUGAUGGAAUAUGCACCUGCCGACCGGGGUUUACCGGACCAGAUUGCAGUGAAGAUAUAGAUGAGUGUAAGACAGGGACACAUAACUGCUCUCAAAGAUGUAUUAAUACAUACGGCUCUUUUAGCUGUGAAUGCUAUGAGGGGUAUGAAUCACAAAGUGGUGAUGGUUUGAAUUGUAAGUCUAAAUGUUCAGAGAGAUGCAUGUCUAAUAAGGGAAAGUGUGAUGCCACUGGAAAAUGUUUAUGUCGUCGUGGAUUUACAGGUCUUGACUGUUCUGAAGACAUAAAUGAAUGCGAGUUGAAACCUAAGCCUUGUGUUCAAGGCUGUGUUAAUACAUAUGGGUCAUAUUAUUGUACGUGUGAUAGAGGGUAUCAUCAGGAUCACAAAGGUCACUGUCUUCCAAACAAAUGUAGUCCUGAAUGUGUUCAUGGACAAGGUGAGUGUACAUCUAAUGGAAAAUGCCUGUGUAAUCCAGGUUUUCGAGGGUUAUCUUGUGAGACAGAUGUAGAUGAAUGCGCCGAAGGAAAACAUAAUUGUCAACAAGAAUGUAUCAAUACUCCUGGGUCUUUUAAGUGUUCUUGUCAUUCAGGUUACAAAUUAUCCACUUUAGAUCCAUCAAAAUGUGAACCUAUUUCUUGUCCUUCUCAGUGCAAUUUAAUAGAUGGAGAAUGUGACUGUGAAUGCAAGCUUGGACAUUUUGGACUUAAUUGUAAGCAAACAGUAGAUUCAUGUGCAAUUAAACCAUGUGACCAAAUUUGUGUGGAUUUAGGUGAUGGGAAGUAUAUAUGUAAAUGUAAUGAAGGUUUUGAACCAAGUCCAAAUAAUCCUAGACGAUGUCAGCGUAUAUGUAAAGAUGGUAUAGACUGUAUAUAUGGAAGCUGUCGAACUGUGUUUUCAAAUGACACAGAUCAAACUUUAUGUACUUGCUUAGAAGGAUUUUACGGAACAAACUGUCAAAAGGAUGUAAACGAAUGCUUGAAUGAAAAUGGUCAAAAACAUUUUUGUGAACAUCAUUGUAUCAAUACAUUAGGAUCAUACCAAUGUUUUUGUGAUCCAGAUUAUGAAUUACAGUCUGAUGGUCGAACGUGUAAAAAACAGUCUAAACGUUCCAUGAAGUGUCCUGAAUACUGCCUAAAUGGUGCAACUUGUAAAUCAACUGGAGAAUGUGUAUGUCAACCUGGUUAUGAAGGAAUAUAUUGUGAAAAAAUAAAAGAUAUUUGCUCAUUACUUAAGUUAUGUGAUCAAAAAUGUUUUCCCAAAGAAGAUGGUACAUAUCAUUGCGGUUGUGAUCCUGGAUAUGAACUUCAAGCAGAUGGACAUAGUUGUGAAUUAAAAUCUUCAUGUGAUUUAAAAUGUCAAAACAAUGGAAAAUGUUUCGAUGGAAAAUGUGUAUGUACAUCAAAUUUUGAAGGAGAAUAUUGUGAAAAAGAUAAAAAUGAAUGUGAUCAAUCUAUUUUUGAACAUGGUUGUAGUCAUGGAUGCAUUAAUACUUAUGGAUCAUACGAAUGUAUGUGCCCAAAUGGAUAUAGAAGACUUGCCGAUAAACGUACAUGUGUUGUAAGUUUAAAAAGAUAUAUUUUAUCAUUCUUUAUAUUUCUUAAUUAAGUAAAACACAAUACAUCAAUAAUGAGAUAGGCAACAUCAAGAUAUAUUUAUGUGAAAUGAAAAUAACCGUUAUUUUUCAUUAUUACAUCACUUGGUAAUUCAAUGUUUUGUAUUUCAAAAUUCAUAAAUGUUUCCCCCUAAUUUCAUAUGAUAAAUAUAUAUGACAGAUCAUUCUCAGAAGGGCAUUUUUGUGACUAUUAUAGUAAUUUCAAUAUUUGAGAUCAUGAGUCAAUUGAAGCUAGACUACCAUGAAAAACUUGGAGGUACUGAACGGCCAUUUCGUCUUAUUAAAGGACUCCUCAGGAGUGCACAUCCACGAUCCCGCUCACGGGAUCUACCCGUCGGGUAGAAACAGGUGUCUACCUUAGUACAAUGGAAGAUGGGCGCAUAAUUUCGUGGAUUGGUUGAAGUUAGACAUUAACACUAUUGGAUGCCGGCUUGGUGGUCUAGUAGGUUAAGCGUUCGCGCGCGAGACUGUAGGCCCUGGGUUGGAAUUCCGCGAGCGGGAGCGUGGAUGCGCACUUAUGAGAAGUCCCACAAUAGGAAGAAACGGCCUUCCAGUGCUUCCAGGUUUUCAAUGAUUGCCUAACAUCAAUCGGUUCAUGACGUCAAUCAAAAAAAGAAAGAUUGUGAUACUAGAUCACGUAAUGCGAAUAAUAACAAUAGACUUAGUAAGUUAGCAACGUAUUAUAACGUGAAUGUAGUAAGAUAAUUCAAAUGUAUCUGUUGUAAUAAUUGUAUGUAAUUAAAGGUCGUAGGUGUGCAAAAUAAAGAGAUAUCGUGAGCAUUUAUGAAUAAAAUAAUGAGAAUAUGAAAUACAAGUAAAGGGAGAAAUGCGGUGAUAAUAAUAAUUAUUAUUAUUAAGGCCAAGGUAAAGAUAAAGACAGAUCUUACUUCUUUUGUAUGUAUAGUUCUGGCUUGAGCUCAUGGAUGAUAAGAGCUUAGGCUAUUUUUAUAGGACGAAUCGUAUGUACAACCUUAAAAUCAAACAGUGGAUACGUAGAAUAAUUGCAGUCGUUUAGAUGUUCAAGUAUGGAACUUCUAAUUGCUUGCCUCUUACCUUUGUUAAAACGCUGAGGCUUGUUCCCUUAUCCGAAUCGAAAGAGGGUGCUGGCUACAGCCAAUAUACCUUGCUUCACAAGAGCAGGUGAACUGGUAGAUGCUAAUGGAGGCGAUCAGAAGCUUAUCUUUUAUGAAUACAAAAAACAAGGUCCUUCGAGUGAACGUUGUUUGUAGUUUUGCUGCAUAGAAUGUUCUUCCAUCAAUGUAGUUAAACGAUUUUUGAUUACAUCAGAUGUUCAAUCACCCUAAAAUUCCAAACUUAUAUAAAAGUUCUUUUUUUGGAACGGAACAACCUGAAUUCUUGUCACAACAACUUUUUUCCAUAUUCUUAUCUAUGAAAAGGUCUUGAUAGCCACUUUUCAUCAGAGGUUUCCUGAGGAACACGAAUUCUUUGUCAAUGUAUUCUGUACCACAUAUACGAUGUAUUCGGUGACAUAAAGAGUGAAUAACAUUUCUCUUUCUGUUUGAAGGAAACUUGAAUUAAUCUCUUAAAAAUAAAUUCUAAAGUUAUUCUGCCAUAAUAUCGUGCUUUUAAAAACUUAUCUGGAUAACUAUGAAAACAGGACAACAAAUUAUCACUUAUUCAGAUAGUAUAAUUACAGAAUGACAGUUAUUUUGAACCAAUUAUACUUAUAAAUGAGUUGUAAUGAUUUUUUCUUAUUUGAAUUCAUAAGUCAUUUAAAGCUAGACAAAUAUGGGAAAUCUAGAAGCACUGGAUUGCCGUUUCGUCCUAGUAUAGGUGUCCUCAUCAGUCCGCAUCCACGAUGGAUGCGUAUAUGGAUUCUAUAUUAUUAACACAACAAAUAUUGUGACUAAUGUUGCACUAAAAGUAAUUACUAAUACUUACUUAAAUAACCAUAAUAUAUCACAAGUAAAUAUUAGUUUAUCAUUCAAAUCAGUUGAAUAUGGUAAGAACAUAAUGUAAAGUGUACUAAGAUUUGUCAACCAUUAAACAUGUACAAUAAAUUCUGAUCUAACAAAAAUCGUUAUAAAUCAAAUGUAUUGAUCCGUCGAAUUACAUUUUAUCAUGUUUUUCUUUAAGUGACAUAAAAAAGAAGUGAGAAGAGUGACAGUCACAUAAUACAAGAGACUAAACAAACGGCACAUUCAAGUUAACAUACCCUAUUACGUUAUGUUAUAUUUUAAUAGGAUCAUUAAAAUUAUGUAAAUAAACAUUUGUAACUAAUAACUUAUCUUUACGAGAAAAAAAGAAAAAAAGCAAUCUUAUAUAUGUUCUUCAUUUGAUAGUAACGUUUCAGCAUAGAUACGAAACGCUGAGACUUGUUAACUUUCAACAUUGGGCUCAGCAACAAGUGGCCAUAAAUUAUGUACAAGAUCUAGAAAGAAAAUAUAAACACAAUCAAAGAUAUGAAAUAACUAAAAAGAAAGCGUGAAUUACUGUAUACAUGGAAAAACUAAAUCUAUAAAAAUAAUAUUCAGAGAGGGGUUUUGUGAAUAUUACAGUAAUUUAAUACUAAUGGAGUUUUGUUCUCUCAGCUGGAUGGUGUAGUCGUUGAGCAUUUAUCGUUCUUCUGAACGAAAUUGUCACCACAAACUUCAGAUAGGGGUGAAGUGUUCGAAGAACGAUGAAAGCUAAACGACCAAACAUCAUUAAAACCAUCCACCUGAAUUACAAAUCUUCUCC